ACGGAUCCCCAAAGCCCAACAACGAAAAACCCAAAAACCCACUUCUCCAUAUUCACAAACACACUCUCUCUUCGUCGCCCUAAAAACCCAACCUCUGUUGAAGGCGACUACGGCGGCUCCGAUAACAACCACUCAUCGCCACCGCGACCUUCAACAGCUAAGGAUCUCACAGUCAAAUCAAAGAUGAGGCCAAUUUUGAUGAAGGGCCAUGAAAGGCCUUUAACCUUUUUGAAGUACAACAGAGAUGGCGACCUUCUGUUUUCUUGCGCUAAGGACCAUGACCCUACUGUCUGGUUUUCCGAUAAUGGAGAACGUCUUGGUACCUAUCGGGGUCACAACGGCGCCGUUUGGUCCUGCGAUGUCUCUUGGGAUUCUUCACGCCUAAUUACUGGUAGUGCAGAUCAGACGGUGAAGUUGUGGGAUGUCAAAAGAGGAGAGCAAUUGUAUACUUACAAUUUUGACGCUCCCGCUAGAUCUGUGGAAUUUUCAGUUGGUGAUAAACUUGCUGUUAUCACUACCGAUACAUUCAUGGAGAAGACUUCUGCAAUUCAUGUGAAACGCAUUGCUGAAGACAUCGACGAACAGAGCGAUGAAUCUGUUGUUGUCAUGAGGGGUCCAAGUGGACGAAUUAAUAGAGCUGUUUGGGGCCCUCUGAACAAGACUAUUAUCAGUUGUGGUGAAGAUUGUAUCAUUCGUGUUUGGGAUCCUGUGAAAGGUCAAGAGAUACUGUCUACAAAGGGUCUUGAAAAUGGUCACAAGAAGCCAAUAACAUCACUUUGUCUAUCUGCUGACAAAUCACAUUUCCUCACCGGUUCGCUGGAUCUUUCCGCUAAGCUCUGGGACACAAGAACUCUAACCCUCAUCAAGACCUAUGUUACAGAGCAACCUGUGAAUGCUGUUACCAUGUCUCCCCUUCUGGACCAUGUUGUGCUUGGAGGUGGUCAGGCUGCACAAUCUGUGACAACUACAGAUCAUCGUGCAGGGAAGUUUGAGGCAAAAUUCUAUGAUAAGAUUCUCACGGGAGAAAUUGGAGGUGUCAAGGGGCAUUUUGGCCCUAUAAAUGCCUUGGCGUUCAAUCCCGAUGGUAAAAGUUUUGCUAGUGGAGGAGAAGAUGGUUAUGUGAGGUUACACCACUUCGACCAUGAUUAUUUCAAUAUCAAGAUCUAAUUAACUUGAGUUGGCCUUUUUGGUUUUCCUAAAAGAUUAGUCUGUUGUGCCACAUUUGUUUAUCGUGCUCUUUCUCCUGUUGCAUUAGAAAAAAAGCCUUGUACUAAUUUUUGUUACUAUAAAUUCAAUGGUCUCAGCCUUACUGGUUCUUGACUUCUUGUUACCAAGCUUAGAGCUUUUAUUAUUAUUGCGGAGUAUUAUUAUUAUAAAUUUUAAUUUUUCUCA